AUAUAGGAUCAUCGGAUUUUACUUGAAGGAAAUGCAUAAGUUCCAUCGUGCCCUAUAGGUGUCAGUGGUAGUGUCACAAAUAGUCCGAACUGCCACUGACCCCACCACGCAAACACGAGGAACGAUUUCGGGAGACUAGCUGGUCCGGGUCUCCGAGUUUCACUCAUGAUGACAGUGGCUCUCGGUCGAGUCGGUCGAUCUGUACUACCCUCGUAGCCGUUCACGUGUGCGAAUUUAUUAGGGGGUAGUCCUUUUCCCGUAACGGAAUACAAGUCAGUGUCUCGGCAGUCGAGUGGAGGCCGCGAAUCGAUCGCUCGAGGCAGGACGAGAACCUCGCGUGGGGCGACAACGUACGAAUUCAGUCUCCUUCCGUGCAUUCGGACUAGACACAUCUGCGAGGGUGAAUCCGAGAAGGUUACGUCUUCACGAAUGUGUCAGAUGGUUGGCAGUAAUCAUGGCAGUAAUGCAACGUGGUGAAUAAUCGUUAGGAUGAGAUUAUUGGCAGUGAUAAUUGUUCCUUGUGUUGAAAGAUAUUUUAAUUACUGUUACGUAGUGUGAUUGACGAUAAGGUUAUUUGUUGUGUGACAUACGAGAAGAGUCUUCUUUCUUGGGAUACGGAUAUAUCACUUUGACAAAGUUUUGUGUCCCUUGUACUGUAAUCCUUUGCACUCGACGUCUAUGCCGCUAGGGGAAACGGAAAACUUGAGGCUCUUUUGAUAGAAUUUACCGCCUUCCGAAGGCUUAUCGUGUUGCGCUUUCUACAAGGAAACCGAAUGCGCCCCGAUGGCUACCCCUGUCGAUAUUGCAUUCAAGGCUUUGAAUUUCAGCCAAAAAAUAUAAACAGUUAUUAUCGUCUCUGACACGUCAUUCGAGUUGCUGCAUUAAACCAAGUGGCGAUUGAAAGUCGUCUCUGGAGGGUAAAGGGUUAAUUCAUAUUAUUCAUGCCAAAGUGUAGUUUAAAGUGGUUUUGUGACGUGUAGGCUGCGCAUGUAAUAUUCCGGUGGAAGAUACACGGAUUCUGGAAAUUCGACCCUCGAGGAUUACAUUCUAGGACCCUCGUGAUUGCCGUUGUUUUAUCUUAAAAGAACUACUGUACUCGACCUCGUUAACCUGGAACGACAAUAAUUUUCAAAACUUUUGUAACUUAUUACGAGGCCGCCGGCGACUUUGAGGGAGGAUUAUUUCCGGCGAGACUCGUGAAGGAAUGUCACGCGUUAACGUUUAGUCUUCACCUUGGUGAGGUCAUCUCAUUUGUACUGCAUUACUACGCGCUGCUCUUUGUGGUUCCGUCUUCUUGAAUCUCUUGAUUUAUCGUGUUUUUAUCACGCAAAUAAUAUAAAGCAAGCUUUAACGUGAAGUUCGCAGUACUAUCUUAAAAUGAAGUGGAUCCAUCGCUGAUGAUAGUAAGUGCCGAAAAUAUCAGCGUGGAAUGACAAUAAAUCGGAAAAGUCUAGCUUGUCCCGAGGUGUUAUGCGCCAAGUGGAUUUGAUCGUUGAACCUCUGCACAAAAUAAUUCAAUUUGGAAUGGCAGUAGGAACAUUGGCAUUUUUUGCAGUGAGACUUGUGCUCAGCGGAUAUAUAUUUGCCAUAGUCGUCUACGUGAAUGCCAGUGGAAACUGGGACAAAGAUGACGAUCCAAUAUCCACUAUCGAAGUAAACGCAGUCCUUGGACGUGAAGCGUCUUUGCCUUGUGACAUUGUACCGUCCACCCGGCAAGAUCGGGUUUACAUGAUGCUAUGGUUUCGCGAUUCCGAAAGCAAACCUAUUUACAGUUUCGACGUUCGUGGAAGAGCUUUUAAUAAAGCGCUAAAUUGGUCAGACAGCAGUGCUGUUAGACCUAGAGCAUAUUUUAGAGCAAAUACAACACCAGCUACCUUGACGCUGACAGCUGUUCAACUGGAGGACGAGGGUGUUUACAGAUGUCGCGUAGACUUCAAGAAAUCUCCGACGAGAAACUUUCAAGUCAAUUUGACAGUGAUCGUUCCGCCGCAUCAACUUCUCAUUUACGACGGAUCCGGAGUCGAGGCUGAAGCGAUUCUAGGUCCAUAUCAAGUUGGCAUCGAAUUUAGUCUAUCUUGCGAAGUACGAGGAGGAAGACCAACUCCGGCAAUAACUUGGUUCGUAAACGGGAAAGAAGUUGAGGGACGUGUUCAGGAAACGGAACACAACAUUAUCGUUAGCAAGUUGACUGUUCCUCAACUGAGAAGGGAGCACCUUAAUACCACGUACAAAUGUCGUGCCACGAACACGAAUCUUACGGCCCCCCUGGAAAAGACUGUACUCCUGGACGUUUAUCUAAAACCAUUGUCUGUGAAAAUAUUAUCAAAGCCAACGGUAAUGGAGGCCGAGAAAGAGUAUUCAUUGACUUGUGAGGCAACAGGAUCACAUCCGCGAGCACAGAUUCUUUGGCUUGAAGGAAAUGUACAAUUUCAUAGUGACAAGGUAAGCAACGAUGGGAGUUCUAACGUGGUACUAAGUACCCUAAUAUUCUCACCGGUUCCCGAGGAUCACGGAAAAAUUCUCAAAUGUCGUGGACAAAAUCCAUCCUUGCCAGGAUCAUACCUAGAAGAUUUAUUUCAGCUUAACGUCGUAUUUCCCCCAAAGGUUUCACUCCAUCUGGGCAGUACCCUCAAUGCCGAGAACAUAAAGGAAGGUGAUGACGUCUAUUUCGAAUGUAAAGUACGCGCAAAUCCAGAGCAUCACAAGAUUACAUGGAGACACAACGGUGUGAUACUAACGCAGAAUUAUUCUGCUGGUGUAAUAAUGAGUACUCAAAGUCUCGUUCUGCAAAGCAUAGGACGAGAUAACGCCGGAAAUUACACAUGCUUGGCUAGUAACGAUCGCGGCGAAACUACUAGUCCGACCGUUUUACUUCGCGUGCAGUUCGCACCAGUCUGCCGAACGAGGGAAGUAACGAUCAUCGGCGCAUCCCUUGAAGAAUCCGUUAAGGUACGAUGCGAAGUUGAUGCGGAUCCAAGCGAAGUAGACUUCGUAUGGGAGUUUAACAAUAGCGGAGAAAAUUUUGAAGUAGCUCCAGCGAAAUUCGAUGGAAAUAAUGGAACAAUGAGUGAACUUGUAUACACACCAGUCUCUGAGAGGGAUUACGGUGCUCUUACUUGUUGGGGCAGAAACGUUAUUGAAAGGCAAGAAACUCCUUGCAUCUAUCAAGUAAUUCCGGCUGUCAAACCUAGUCCGCUUAAUAAUUGUACCAUCAAGGCAUCUCUGAAUCAGAGUUCUGAAAUACUCGAGGUAGAAUGUGUACCUGGGUACGAUGGUGGACUUCGUCAAGAAUUUCGUUUAGAAGCUUACGAGGUUCUGACUGGCAAUUUACGGAUUAAUGCAUCGAGUGUUUCGUCAGAGACACCUAUAUUCCGAAUAGCUGUGUCGGAUCUCUUGCCAGCAACCCACUUCUAUCUGAUCACAUAUUCAGUUAACGCAAAAGGAAGAAGUGAAGUAUCUCUUCUUGAAGAUAUAGUGCUUAGGGAUUCGGAGAAGCACGCAGAUAGUGGAGUUAGCAUGGUACCGCUUAUCCUACUUUUGAUCGGAUGUCUAAUGGCACUGGGUGUAACUGUACUCUCGGUGAUGCUGAUGAUGUAUCGUCGUCGUGGCACCACGUCGCCAGUACAUAUCGAACCAUAUAUGAAACAACCAAUAAUCACCCCUCCGGACUCAAGGAAUAAUUCUAUGCUCGAUGUAACUCACGGUGAUCAUACCUAUUUUGUUGAGUAUACUCUUAAACAGGUCACUGAUUAUGCUCUUAAUAAUCAGCCUGAUAUUAUACAGUCCCCACAAGAUCAGGAGAAAAUAAAACGGGAACCGCAACUGUUUCUACCGGUUAGACCGGACACUUUAUUUGCGCCGUAUGACAUUCACAAACAGGGCCUUCAAACGAACCGAUGUAGCCUGAAUCCAUUUUCUGCGAAAUCUUGGGAACCCAUCAGCUUCAAGGCUGAUCGUAAUCUUAUGAAAGAAAUCAUCAUUGCCAAUACCAUACCAGGUCCUGAGAGUUGCGUGUAAAGGGUCGUUAAGGAGGUUGUCCGCGAGGAGAGAUAAGAGACAUAUCAGGACGGCUGAACUCAGCGCCUAUUUCCAUCAUCAUACAUAAAAUACACGAUCAUCAAUCGAACUGUAAUCAACAGCACACGGCAUCCUAGCGAACAGUGAGCUGCAAGAAGGAGGGGUGCUGGAUAUUAUUCGCAAGAAUACAUCUGUCAUAACUACGUCUCGUCGGCAUAGCCAGAAAAUGUGACAUGAUAUAAGAAUAUGUAACGAUGUGUGACUUCUCGUUCUCGCGAAGCCGAAAAGCAUUUUAAUGAACCGUCAGAAAAAGACUAUUCGCAUAUUCUAACCAAACGCUACACGAUGUAUUAUUCCGAGUUUAAUAUAUUUUGUGUCAAGUCUUGAACGGCCUCGUA